CUGGUCGCUGCAUUGGGACAGAGGUGUUUUCAGUUUCCCGUUAACUCCAGAACGCGGACUGCUUUGCCUACAGUAACUGAGCGAGUUUGACAUAUUGGAUUAAUUUUUUUUCGAUAAACGAGAGCUGUACCGACGGCGGGCACUUUAUUGAACUCGUGUUGCUCUGCUCUUUAUCAAUUAGAUUGAACUUUGAAAUCCACCUCUCACCUACACGUUUGGGAUCACGUUGAGGAAUUGAAACCCUGGACAUUAUUCACCAACAACAGAGCUGCUGAUAAAAAGCAAGCAACUUCUGUGGGAUAAAAAAACAAACAUUUUUUGGGGUCAUCGUUGUUGCUGGUCACAGGAGAUACUGAGACAUGGGUUCUAGCCUGACAUGUGCGGGCGUGGUGUGGGCUCUGCUCUCCUUCCUGUGUGCGGCGGCCUCGUGUGUGGGUUUCUUUAUGCCAUACUGGCUCCUAGGGUCCCAGAUGGGUAAACCGGUCUCCUUCGGGACCUUCCGGCGGUGCUCGUACCCGGUGCGUGAUGAGGUUCACCAGGCCACGGUGAUGCUGGAGCAGUGUGGGCGUUACGCCUCGUUUCAGGGCAUCCCCAGUCUGGAGUGGAGGAUCUGUACGGUGGUGACAGGGGUGGGCUGUGGCCUGCUGCUCCUGGUGUCCCUCACGGCCCUGAUGGGCUGCUGUGUGUCUGACCUCAUCUCCAGGACCAUUGGACGUGUGGCCGGGGGCAUCCAAUUUGUAGGGGCGUUGCUGAUUGGGUCGGGGUGUGCACUCUACCCUCUAGGUUGGGACAGUGAGGAAGUCCGACAGACAUGCAGCAACAGAUCCAACCAGUUUGAGCUUGGUUCUUGUGAGAUUGGCUGGGCGUUCUACUGCACAGGAGCAGGGGCAGCAGCAGCCAUGAUGUUAUGUACCUGGAUGGCCUGCUUCGCUGGGAAGAGAAAGAAGCAGUACCCAUACUGAUGGCAUCAAGGCAGGGCGGCCAUGAUGACAACUUGAAACAACACUUGAGACUCAGAGCAAGGGAGAAUAUCAGGGGGACAGAGUCUGUAGGCUAGCUAUGCACUCUGUCAUAAGUGAAAAGUAAAAGAGCGGACCACCUUGUGCUGUAUUUGAUGCUGCAGUAGAAAGCAAUACACAACACACGUAAUGAGACACUCCAUCGUUCUGCAGAGCACUUCAAAGAGUGGAGUCCACAUACUUGGUUGUCAUUGACAGCAAGAGCAACAACAUGUGUUUCCAUCUCUCUUUUCUUUUUUCCAUGUUUUGUUUGGUUGCUCCUCUAUUCCCCCUCCAGUCUGUCGUGUUCCAGUCCCUGUACUACAACUCUUCAUCGUAACUGAAGUAAUGGCACAACCUGUGGUAAAGAGAAAUUACUCUACUUUUGAUGUUACUUUGUUAUUGUGAGUAUUUUAUAUCCUGUAUUUAAUUCAUAUGUUUUGUGCCCCCACGUUGGCUUAGUGUUGCCUUAAAUAUAUAAACCUUUACUGGUAACUUGCAAUAAUUUUGAACUGUUAUCAUGUCUAUUUACAGUAUAUCUAUAAACAGGGACUUGAAGUCCCUCACCAUGUGCAUCUGUCAAAUAUGAAUGAUGUAUGUUUUUGUGUAUUAUGUUUAUUGUAUUACGACAACAUAUUCGCACCUUUUGUACGAAACACUAUGUCUAAUUUGACUUGGUUUUGUAAAUACGUUGUAAAUAAAUAUUGUUACUUUGAAGUCUUAAUGAACAAAUAAAAC